AAUCCUUCUAGUGUUUUAAGCAUCCAUGGAUGGCGCCAUUGCUUACCAUCAGAUAAUCCAUCUGUAAGUGGUGGUAAUUACGACGUUUAUUAUUUUAGUGCAUUUUUCAUUACAGAGGGAUAUUCUACAAAUGGAAAAACCUACUAGUAAAGGCGACACAAGCAGCGAAUACUCUGAGAGCUCUGAAGAAAAUGUGUAUACAAAAGAAACUAAAAACGAUGGAGAUGUAUUGGACCCAGACUACAGGUACACCCGAAAAUCUGGAAGGAAGGAUGAAAACUCCUCAAGCAAUGACGACUCAUCCGACGCGGAAUUAGAAAAGAAUCCUGGCAAUCCUUUCACUAUCCACAAAAAUAAGUACAAACAAAAUUGGCUUUACAAUCAUUACAUGGACGGUGACCAUAUGAAUAUUAAUCCAAUUGCACCGAAAUUUGCAAAUCUGGGACCUUCUGGGCCCGAGCUCUUCUUUGGAAGAAAAUGGUGGUACUACAAUCAGGAUAAGCCAGUCGCCCGUGUGAUAAAAGACUACUACAAAAUAGAACAAGCUAAUAAAAAUAAAGCUUUAAUAGACACCGAAAUUGCCAAAGAACGAGAGGUGCCCUAUAUUUCUGCUCCGAACUUCGACCAGGAAGAUAAAACUGGACAAAUGCCGUUGCUGCCAGCUGGUAAAAUAUCCAAUGAUGAUCCAAACUUGAUUAACAUGUUGGAUUAUGCAAGACCAACAAGAACAUACAUGUUAGACAGCUUACCACAGCAACAAGAACCACAGCAACAACAGCUAUGGAAUUCCCAAAAUCCGACAUUUCUAACAUUCGAUGAACUCGUGGAUGAUCUCAAUCACAAGGACAAUAACAAUUAUAAGGACAACAAGGCGGAUAUGAGUCCACGUGCCCAAGAGGAGCUAUCUACCAUUCGUCCGCGUCGAUUGUAUGACUACGCUGGGAUGAGAUUACCGAUCAUUGGAUCUCCAACUAUACCAAGUCAACUGCCCGAAGCUGAAGCCAUUCUUCCUGGACACACGCUGAUCAGACCAGCUCUAGGUAUGCUGAAGUCUGCCGUCAAGUUUCCACAUAAAGACUUGAACGACGGCGCUGGAGUUUACGGGAAUAUUGAUAAUUUGGGUAUUACAUAUGGCGGUACAGGCGAACGAGUUUUGUAUACUGGAUUCAGAAGAAAUAAUGAUUAUUCACAAUCUUACGUUCACGUUAACUUAGAUAAGUUAGUCUUUGGCAGUUUGAGACAGCAACAUAAACAAUCAUCAAUAGAAGACGAUGAAGAUUCUUUGAAGGCAAUACCUUUCGAUGAUCCCCCCAUAACAUCAGAUGACGAUGACCUUAAUCUGGAUAAAACGAAUGCUAGUUCUAAACAAACCUGGUUCCUUAAUACUAAGGACUUAUACGACCAUAUAAAGAUCAGUCAGGAUGCGCCGGACUUAAAGGACUUUAUUCCGAAGCCUGUUGUAAAUGGCAGCGGAUGGUGGUAUUACAACCAAGUAAUUUUCUAA